AUGAUGUCCACACCAUCAUCAUCUGCGCGUCUGCCUCCAACCUCCCCGCAGGUCACUGCCUCAGUUGUGAAGUUCCGCUGCCUAUACACCCACGACUUACGCCGCAAGUCUAAACGAUGGCACGAUGGCUACCUACGAUAUCAUAAAUUCAACAAACGUGUCAUGGUCUACGAUGACCAAGGUAACUUCAUUGGUGAUCAUCACUGGCGAUCCACCGAUGAGGUCCAGGAUGGUGACGAAAUGGAACUGGACAAGGGAGUCUUGAUUGAAGUGACCGAAAACAUGGGCACAACCGAGACAGAUAUCACCAAUCUAUAUGAAAAGAAGAAAUCUAGUCAAAGUUCGCCGCAAACCAGAGACCCGGUCUCUCAGGCACCCCGUGUCUCUGCAUCCGCACCUUUUCGUUCCUCGGGUUCGUCCCAGUCGUUUCGCUCACUUAACGAUUUACUGGGCAUCAAAAGGACCCCAAUAGGACAUUUGGUGUCUCCAUACGAGGAAAGGAACCUCCCACAGCCGACUUCCAUCGCCCAAGGGCCCGAAAGAGCACCAAAACGGCAGAAGAUAUCCUCGGUGGCGAACCGAGCCCUCGCGAAAGAUCCACCUGCCCGACAUCAAGUGAUUGAUUUAACCGAUUCAAAUCAAGAAGCACCGGCGAUGCCGGUGAGGCAAAGACCAACCACUUUCGGAAAGGAGUUAUCCAGACCCGUUGUUGAUGCUACAGCCGAUACAUUCCCAGCAACUCGUCAGCAGAGACCAACAGUUCAGUCAAAACAAAUUCAGCCACAAACACCUGAUCAUUCUUCGUUCUCAAGAGUGUCUCCUUCAAUAUCAUCUGAGCCGACCUCCAGUCUGCCCACACCGGCCGAUCUAAUUCGUUCAAUAACUAGGGGCGUUCAGCCUGCGAGGCCCGCAAGCAAUAAAUCGAGGGUCGGACCGGUACCCAUGCAGCUAUCCAAACCCCCCGGUCCAUCCUCAAAAACAAGUCUCCCAGCUCUACCACAAGAAACAGAAACCCAGAUGCCCCAAGUUAUAUUGCAUGUAAACGAACCAUCGGUUAACCAUGAAGAUCAGUCGAAGGAUGCGCCUCGUCCCCUCCGGCAACGGCGGCCUGACCCUCUCGCCACAUCAAAAGGCUCACGCUCAGUUGCACUCAGACAGCCAGACCGUCUGUCCGUACCACAGGCCCCAGUACGCGUAGUCACCAACUAUGUGCAACCUAUUCAAUCCGCAGAUCAUCAAGCUCCAGCCAAUAUGGCGCACUCCACCGGCGCGCGGCCUUCACCCGACGUUCCACCUCCUACCAACAUGCCACCCCCAUCCCGUCCAUCUUCAGCGCUGCCCUCUGGGGCACCUACGACUUCCCUUCGCAUGGUGAGCGGAAAGCCUCGCAGCAAACUGAUGUAUAGUGCUCUCUUGCCAGGCACUCCACGAACUUCAUCGCCGGUGGCUUCAAAUACACCGCUUAGUAAUCCAAUUCACGACUCAGCCACAGAAACCCGAGAGCAACAGUACAGGCCGAACGCCGCUCCAAGUGAUUCCUUGACAGCGGGCGAGGAGUUUAUGCCCUCAACAUCAACACAAUUUAUCUUCGACGAGAUGAUAGAUGGAUCGGGGUUCAAAUCACCAUCAGCGAUCAGAAGAUCCACAGAAAGAAGACCCGUCGACUCACCGUUACGCAAGUCGUCAUCGGACCCGACUGCAUUGAAUGCCCGUAAUGCCCGGGCAGGGGGCUCAUUGCACGCAGCCAACAAAGAAAACGAACCUGGAGAGCAAGGUCCCUGGACUUUAGAGGCGUUGGAUUUGUUUGACUUUUGGCCUAGCGGUCGACCAAAACCAACG